AUGCGCAUUAGGUCCCUCUGCCUGAUUACGUCAACAGAGGAGAAGCAGAGACGGAGCGUGAACCAGCGUCAAGGGGCAUUGGAACUGGAAUCAGGUAAGUGAUGAAUGGGGCCGCAAGGAAGGGAGCCAUAGUGCUUGGAAAACAACUAUAGUUUCCUUCCCUUUCAACCAUAGUUACAUAGUUACAUAGCUGAAAAGAGACUUGCGUCCAUCAAGUUCAGCCUACCUCACAUUUGUUUUUUGCUGUUGAUCCAAAAGAAGGCAAAAACCCCAGUUUGAAGCACAAUUUUGCAACAAGCUAGGAAAAAAAUUCCUUCUUGACCCCAGAAUGGCAGUCAGAUUUAUCCUUGGAUCAAGCAGUUAUUACCCUACAUUGAAAGAUGGACUCUGAUAAAACCACUUCUUCAGGCAGAGAAUUCCACAUCCUGAUUGUUCUUACAGUAAAAAAACCUUUCCUUUGCCUUAGACGAAAUCUUCUUUCUUCCAGUCUAAACGCAUGGCCUCGUGUCCUAUGUAAAGUCCGGUUUGUGAAUAGAUUUCCACACAAUGGUUUGUAUUGGCCCCGAAUAUAUUUGUAUAAUGUUAUCAUAUCCCCUCUCAGGCGACGUUUUUCUAAACUAAAUAGGUUUAAAUUUGUUAACCUUUCUUCAUAGCCGAUAUGUUCCAUUCCUUUUAUUAGUUUUGUAGCCCGCCUCUGCACUUUUUCUUGUGCCAUAAUAUCCUUCUUUAGAACAGGUGCCCAAAAUUGCACAGCAUAUUCAAUAUGGGGUCUUACCAGUGAUUUAUAAAGAGGCAAAAUGAUAUUCUUGUCCCGAGAAUGAAUGCCCUUUUUCAUGCAUGACAAUACCUUACUGGCCUUGGCCACUGCUGAUUGACAUUGCACAUUGUUGCAUAGUUUGUUGUCUAUAACAAUUCCCAAGUCCUUUUCAUGUGUUGUUAUCCCUAAUUCGCUUCCAUUAAGGGUAUACGUUGCUUGUGUAUUCUUUACGCCGAAGUGCAUAACUUUGCAUUUUUCAACAUUAAAUUUAAUCUGCCAUUUGAGUGCCCGGUCCCUCAGUCUAUCUAAAUCCCUCUGCAGCAAAGUAAUAUCUUGCUCACAUUGUAUUGUUUUACAAAGUUUUGUGUCAUCUGCAAACACUGAAACAUGACUUUCAAUGCGGUCUUCAAGAUCAUUUAUAAACAUGUUAAAUAGAAGGGGUCCCAGAACACACCCCAGAGUGACACCACUUGCCACCUUUGUCCAGCUUGAAAAUUUACCAUUAAUGACAACUCCUUGUACUCUGUUUUUAAGCCAAUGUGCUACCCAAGAACAAGCAUUUUCAUCUAGACCGAUUUCUUUGAGUUUGAACACUAAUCUGUUGUGUGGAACUGUAUCAAAUGCCUUGGCAAAAUCCAAAUAGAUCACAUCCAUGGCAACUGCCUGAUCUAUACUUCUACUUACUUCUUCUAGAACGCAAUCAAUUUAGUUUGACAUGACCUGUGCUUCAUAAAACUGUGCUGAUUUUUGCUGAUAACCAUGUUCUUCUCAAGGAAUUCUUAAAUAUUAUCCCUUAAUAACCUUUCAAAUAUUUUACCAGCCACAGAAGUUGUUGCGGUCGUGACCUAAAUAUGAAUAUUAAUCUCUUAAUACAUAAUAAUUAAGCAAUACGGAAUAACAUUAAUAUUUUUAUAAUUCAUGGUAUUAUGGUCGAAUAUGUGGAUAGAAAAUACACAAAACGUUGUAAUAUUAAAUGUAUAUUUAAUAUAACUAUAAUAAAUAAACAGAUGCUAGCAGAAUGUCAAUUUACUACAAUAAUUAUACAAUACAAAACUACAACAUAUUACUUACAAAAGGUUGCUACAUGUUACACAACAUUUUACUUACAAGGCCCCAGCCCUUUGGCUGGGGUUAAGUCAGAGCUGGUACUACAUGAUCAGUCAGGUACAGGCAAAAAGAGAGAGCUAGCUUCUCCUAACAUCUGGUUUUUAUUCAGUGUAAGUAGGCUGGCCUGUGAUGUCACUGCCAGAAGCACAGGUCUUCCUACACACUCCUCCUAGUGGUGCCCCCAAAGCAUUACACUAAAUAUGCUUUACUGACAUCUAGUGGUGCGUCUAAAGUAUUAAGCUCAUUAUGCUUUUUUUUAUGACAAAAAGUCAUUAAUUAAUAAAUACCAUUACAAACCACCCUUUGACUUAUGUUAUAAAACAAACAUUAUAAACCCGUACAUCUUGAAUCUACCCUAUUUUAACAGUACCUGCCCUACAACAAAACCCACCUUUUGAAGAAUGAUACCCAUUUACCCGUAAAGUUAUGACACUUUAUUGCUUAUUCAAUUUUUAUUUUUAUUUUUUUUCAUUGAGCACAUGCAUCACCAGUUGGGAAACCUUGGCCUAAAAUAAGCACAUACCCACCCUUAUAAUAACCACUGAGCACAUGCAUUAGCAGUUGGGAAACCUUGGCCUUAAAUAGGCAAAUACCCACCCUUGUAAUAAUAGACAACUCAAACCAUGUUUUAUUAGAUUAACCAAUGAUAUUGUGUUCAUGUGAGGAUGUGUUUUGGAGCUUAAUAUAGUAUUAGACACCACAAACUCAUAACACCUAUGAAUCAUGGCACAGACCGACACGAUUUCUGUAGCCUCUGGCUGGUCUGUGUGCCUGGAAUUUUCACAAACAUUAGUCCUGGAAACUGGAUACUCUAUUCUUCGACAGUCUCAUAGAACAUACGCAUGGAGACAGGAAUGAAUGAAACAGUUCAUGUGAUCAAGGACUUUUGUGUGUUUGUGGUCACAUUGUUUUGUUUUUUUCUUUCUUUAUACCAUUAACCACCUUGACGUAACAGUUUCCUGCUCCUGAUGCAUUUUGUUCCGACUCUCACCACUCUUAGCUGCAAUAUUUUUUCUCCUUACAGCAACAGUUGAGCAUAGUGUCCAGUGUUUCUUCUUCUUCUGCUUAAAAUAUCCUUGCUUGAAAGUUCUUGAAUGAAAACACAGGCAAUGACGAACACAAACAUAAAUAAUAACUGUGCCAAUCAUCACAAGUACCAUUUGACUGUGGUGUCUUAACCAUAUUUUUUCCUAUGGCGUUUGGAUAAAUACCUACACACCUCUCUUCACAUCCAGCACACUCCUGAUUCAGAUAAACACAAUAUCACUGCUGUAUCUACCAAUUUAACCCAAACAAUCGUUAUUACUGCUGCAUUUACCAAUUUAAUCUAAACACUCGUUAUCACUGCUGUAUUUAACCAAUUUAAUGUAAACAUUAACCAAAACAAUUACAUUCCUAUUUACCACCCUUCUAUUUAAACAUGUAUAGAUAACCCAAAAUGCCUACUUUCUCUUAUCCUCUCUUAUCAUUCUCUUAUUCUUCCGUUUUUUUGUUUGUUUUUUUUAACUGCAACCACUCAUGCACUUUACACAGACACAAAUCAAGCACCUACUGGACAAUGGGGUUCCCUCGUUAGAGCCCUCCCACCCCAGUUUGGUUUACACAAAAAUACCCCCUGGUCCCUGUGGGUCAAUUCCCCCCUUUCCCAGGCAAGCAUACAUACAUACAACAAUAAUAAUACAUAAGGGUUUCAAUUGCAAUACAAUCACUAGAAAUAAGAGAAUAGUAUGCACAAAAUCAUAGCAUAGACAUGUUAAAUAGACAAUAAAAUAAAACAUUCAAUAGCUCAUCAAAGGUCAACAUUUAAACACUGGUCUCCAUCUGAUAUUCUAUCUGUGUUCCAAUGUCCACCUCUGGUUUCUGCUACAUCUGAAAAGGUUAGGAAACAGAUCAGGAUUACUUUCCUAGUCACUUAUAGCGUAUACUGCAAAUAUUUUACUUAGAUAUAUAUAUAUAUAUAUACACACACAGACAUGUAAACACAUUCCUUCAGCUUUUCAUUUUAUAAACAAUUUGUUCAACAAGGUAACUUUCUUAAUUUUUCUACUCGGCUCUUAAAAUAAACAAUCAGCUAAUAGCUGCUUUCUGCAUCUUCCUUGCAAUUCAGGAGUACACAACACUAAAAGUCCAAUACUCAGUACCCCCUAGCCUAAAUUCCCCACCCGCUACUGUAACUAAGUUUACAGCCCACGUUAUGGCAGUUCACCCACUAGGCAGAUAUGCUCAGUACCCUCUAGCCUAAGUUCCCCACCCGCUACUGUAACUAAGUUUACAGCCCACGUUAUGGCAGUUCACCCGCUAGGCAGAUAUGCUCAGUACCCCCUAGCCUAAGUUCCCCACCCGCUACUGUAACUAAGUUUACAGCCCACGUUAUGGCAGUUCACCUGUUAGACAGAUACACAAUACACCCACGUAUUACUUAUUUUAUAUUUCCUGGUCUCUCAGGGAUAAACAAUAGCUAAUCCCCUUCCCAGGGCAAUAUAAAACUGACACAAACUUUUAAGCAAUACAGGAUUUCAAAUGGACUUAUGAGUAACAGAUUUCUAGCCAACUUAAACAUGUUUAAUAACUUUCCACCCUUUGGUUAAAUUAUAGAGGAGUGAACCACAACACCUCUUCCGCCUCUGAAAGGAUAUAGGUCAAUAUGUCUCAAAGUUCAACACUUCUGACAGCUAUGAGUGACUCCCUAUUAAUUUCUAGCCUUUCCACGGACAUGCUUGCACCUCGCGGCUAAGGGCCUGCACAACUAACCACCCUGUGAUGGCAGUGGCUUUCCGCAUGGGGGUGACCGCCCCCGCAAAAUUAUAGAGGAGCAAACAUACAGCAGCCUCUUUUCCGGCUCGAUUAAAGGUUCUGGGCCAAUAUGUCUGCAAUUUAACCAGUACACUCACGUAUCACUUAUUGUAUAUUUCCUGGUCUCUCAGGAAUUUCUAUUAAAUAGCGUAUCCCCUUCCCAGGGCAAUAUACAACAAAAACUAGUCACCAAGGGUCUCUAUGGUCAUGAUAGGCCACCCUACCACUAGUGUAAUACACCCUUUUUUUAAAUAUAUUUCCUGGUCUCUCAGAGAUUUUGCCUAUCCCUUUCCCAGAGCAAUAUAUAUAAACAAUUACAAAUAAGUUACAAAACGCUACUUAUAAGUAAUACAGGGUUUCAAAUAAUAAUACAGGAUAGAACUGCACAACAACUAUUGGGUAUGCUCCCCCUUAUCCGGACACGUUUAAAUACCCCCUAGCUCAGGUUCCCCACCCGCUACUGUAACUAAAAAUCACAGCCCACGUUAUGGAGGUUCACCCGCUAGGCAGAUACACCCUAAUUCAAAGCAUGGAAAUAUUAAAAUCAGUUAUAGAUGGCUUCUAAAAUAAUAUAAAUCUUAAUCUGAGCCCCUACACUUACUUUGUUAAAAAUGCUAACUUGUUAAAAUAUUCAGACUAAAUAGGACAAAGGAAUUAUUUUACCAUUUUUUCAGUUCAUUUGUUACCAGUUCCUGCAUAUGUCCAGUAAUUCCUUAGUCCUGGAUAAUAAAGCUGAAAAACACUCCACAAAUUGAUUAGUUUAGGCAAUUACAUUUACAAAACAAUGCAGUUUAUUUUUUCUCAUACAGGCAAGACUACCCACCCCCAACAAGGACAAAUUCUCCCCCAGCUGUAGCUGAAAAGCAUGGUCACACAGCUGUUAAAAAGGUGGUCUCUCCUUCAUGAGUCAAAAUCAUAUAUAUAUUUAUACUAAUAUUCUGUGUAUACGCACACAUAAAUCUAUUAUUCACUGAAUCUGCUUUACUAAACGUAUCUUUUUCUUAACUACUAAUUUACUAGACAAAUCCAUGAAUGCCAAACAAAUGUAAAUUAGUACACAAGCAGGGUCAAAUUUAGCAAUAAAACCUGGUGAACUAGUUUAGUGAAAAGUCUUUUCCUAUGCAAAUGGUAGCAAACAAUGAAACUAGGCCUCAACUCAUUCACACCAUGUGGUCAAUGGUGGAUUAAAAUCCACAUGGUCAGACAAAAGGUAAAGUAUAUAUAAGUUUUCUCCUAUAUACAAAUGACCAAAGAUUGGUAACAAGCAACACAAUAAUUCAUCACUAUGUUCUACAACAAGAUACCUUUAAAACAAAUAUCUAAUCCCUAUCUGCUAUCUGCAUUCAUUCCAUUAAAACCAAAUCAUCAUUCAUUUAUUCAUUUGUAUACAGACAGACAAUUUACUGUAUUAUUUAAGCAAAAUGCAUAACAUUUAUAUUUUCCCCAAUAUUCAAGCAUAAUCCUGCCGACUACGCCAAAUGUUGUGGUCGUGACCUAAAUAUGAAUAUUAAUCUCUUAAUACAUAAUAAUUAAGCAAUACGGAACAACAUUAAUAUUUUUAUAAUUCAUGGUAUUAUGGUCGAAUAUGUGGAUAGAAAAUACACAAAACGUUGUAAUAUUAAAUGUAUAUUAAAUAUUACUAUAAUAAAUAAACAGAUGCAAGCAGAAUGUCAAUUUCCUACAAUAAUUAUACAAUACAAAACUACAACAUAUUACUUACAAAAGGUUGCUACAUGUUACACAACAUUUUACUUACAAGGCCCCAGCCCUUUGGCUGGGGUUAAGUCAGAGCUGGUACUACAUGAUCAGUCAGGUACAGGCAAAAAGAGAGAGCUAGCUUCUCCUAACAUCUGGUUUUUAUUCAGUGUAAGUAGGCUGGCCUGUGAUGUCACUGCCAGAAGCACAGGUCUUCCUACACACUCCCCCUAGUGGUGCCCCCAAAGCAUUACACUAAAUAUGCUUUACUGACAUCUAGUGGUGCGUCUAAAGCAUUAAGCUCAUUAUGCUUUUUUUUAUGACAAAAAGUCAUUAAUUAAUAAAUACCAUUACAGAAGUUAAGCUCACAGGUCUAUAAUUUCCAGGCAAGGAUUUUGAACCCUUUUUGAAUAUAGGAACCACAUCUGCCUUCCUCCAAUCCUCCGGGACACUUCCUGAAAGAAAAGAAUCUUGAAAGAUUAAAAACAGAGGUUCACUUAUUUCUACACUUAGUUCCUUAAGUACACGUGGAUGGAUACCGCCAGGCCCUGGAGCUUUGUUUAUAUUAACUUUCUUUAGUUGCUGCAGCACCUUGUCUUGAGUUAACCAAUUACAAUUAUUCUGCAAGUUUUUAGUAGCAAACAUUUGCACAUCUAUUGCCAUGGGUUCUUCCUUAAUAUAUACGGUGGAGAAAUAGUUAUUUAAAAUUCCUGCCUUUUCCUGGUCCUCAUUAACUAACACCCCCGUUUCAGUUCUUAGUGUACCUACACUUUUUAGAAUUUAUGUACUUAAAAAAUGCUUUGGGGUUGGUUUUGCUCUCUUUAGCUAUCAUUAUUUCAUUUUGAAGUUUAGCAAGUCUAAUUGCCUUUUUGCACGCAUUAUUUGCUUCCUUAUAUCUUUUAUAAAAUGCAUCUGAUUUGUCCGAUUUAAAUGCUUUAAAUGCCCUUUUCUUAGUUGUAAUCUCUUGUUUUACUUGUCUACUAAGCCACAUUUCUGGUAAAUGUUAAAAAGAUAUACAAAACCUAAUUAAAAGAGCAAAAGUAGAAAAAGAGUUGUGUUGCCAUUGUACCUUCCACUGUUGAACUGUCACUUUCCAUGAAUUGUUAAUAUUGUGUUUACUUAUCCCCUUAUUUAUUUAACAAAUAUGAAUUUGCAAGGUGUGAAAAAUAGAAUUAAAUGUAGAUUCAAGUCUCUUUAACCAGCAUCUGGGUGCCUCCAUAUUAGCCCUUUGUUAAUGUUUGUUUUAUGUUCUGUCCUUUGCACUUGGCAGCAUAGGCGUGCGCACGGGGUGUGCCUAGGCACACCCUAAUCCACACGGCACGCGUUAUGUGCCUCCCUCUGUGGGCCAGUGUGGGAGAUCAAAGAUCUCCCUCACCGACCCACAGGCAGGGAGGGAGGCAGGAGAGGACCCGGGGAGCUCUUGUCAGCAGCUCCGCCGGGUUCCUCUCGCGCGGUCGGAGCGUUGCCGCAGUUAUCGCGGCAACGCUCAAAUCCCGCGAGAGUGAACUCUAGCCCCACAGCCUGCGGGGAUAAAGUUCACUCACCACUGGACCACUAGGGAUGGCAACAGCACAGUCCCCCCUUCCUACAUAAGGUAAGAAGGGAGGGGGGAUAUUAACUAAAUGACCCCCACACAUUACACACAAACAUACAGCACACACAGCACCCUCACACAUACACACACAGCACACACUAACAGCACCCUCACACACACAGCACCCUUACACACACAGUACCCUUACACAUACACACACUAAUAGCACCCUUACACACAGCACCCUCACACACACAGCACCCUCACACACACAGCUCCCUUACACACACACAGCACACACUAACAACACCCUUACACACACACACGCACACACUAACAGCACCCUCACACUAACAACACCCUUACACAUACACACACACAUAGCACACACUAACAGCACCCUUACACACACACACUAACAACACCCUCACACAUACACACACACAGCACACACUAACAGCACCCUUACACACAGCACCCUCACACACAGAGCACCCUUACACACACACAGCACACGCUAACAGCACCCUUACACACACAGCACCCUUACACAUACACACACUAACAUCAGCCUCACACACAUAGCACCCUUACACACACAGCACCCUCACCCACACACACAAAGCACACACUAACAGCACCCUUACAUACACAGCACCCUCACACACACACACACACACUAACAGCACCCUUACACAUACACACACACAGCACACACUAACAGCACCCUUACACACACAGCACCUUCACACACACACAGAGCCUUCACACAGACAGCGCGCCCACACACACAGCGCCCGCACACACACACACAGCGCCUGCACACACACAGCGUCUUCACACACAGCACCUACACACAGCACCCUCACACACACAGCAGUGUGUGUGUGUGUGUAUGUAUGUGUAUGUGUAUAUAUGUAUAUAUGUGUAUAUAUAAAUAUAUAUAUCCGCGGCGUGUGUGUUUCUGCUUUAGGGUGCACACCCAUAUACAAUAGGCUGUGCACGCCUAUGCUCGGCAGUCAGUAUAUAGAAAGUAUACAGAGAAGGGGAGGAAUUAAAUAAUGUUUCUAAUUUUUUUUUACUUAAAAUGUUUGCACUGUAUUUGCCUUUUCUGAACUGGAUUAUGAAUGAUGUAAUUUGAUAAAUGCUUAAUACAAAUUUAAAAGAAAGCAUCUCAGGAAAAAAGGUUAAUACAGGUUAUAGCUAAUUUUCAAUAUUUUCUUUAAUUAUGUAAAUUCUAGAGAAAUUAUAUUUCUAGAAAACUGACAUUCAAGAAUACAUUUGUUUUUUGUUUCUCCUCUUCUAAGAAUUGUAUGUAUAUAUACAUAUAUUUAAAAGAUAACUGCUCCUCACAUUAGGAAGGUUAACACAAGUUCUAUGUAACUUUCAUAUUUUAUUUGAUGGUGUAAUUUCCUGCAGAAUUAAUGGUUCUCCUUUAAGUUAUAUGUGUUAGUCAGUGGGACAGUAAUAUAAAUGGGAUGUAGAAAAAAUAUUUGUUCUCUACUAAAGAAAGUUCUAUCUUAUCUAGGACGUUGCAGUUCAAGUCCCGUAUUGUGCUGCAAAGGUGUGAACAGUGGAUGUCGAAGAGUAGACUGCUACUGUGAUGAUUACUGUACUGCAAACUCUGACUGUUGCCCUGAUUUUGGUGCUGCCUGUAGUGCCCUCAGUAAGUAAUCACUGUUAGUACCAGAGGUUUUAGGUGUUACAUUUUAUAUCCAAGACUUUAAUCUAACUACAACUUCCAUGAUGCUUUGCAUGCCUUUAGAAUGACAAAGCAUCAUGAAAGCUGUAGUUUUAAAACAUUUGGGGAUCUACAUUUUGGGCACCCCUGAUCUAGAAAAUCACUCUUUAUUGAAAGUAGGGAAAGUCAUGCCUUCUAUAAUAUUGCUGAUACCUCCUUUACCUCCUCUUAUAGGGAUAAUGUCAACUGAAUAUGUCACCAAUAUGACUCUCCUUUUUAUCCAAUAUAUCAAAUAUUCCAUCUCCCUCUGGCAUGGUUCUACAGUGAAGGCUAACCUUACAUUUGGAGGUAAACGAGACCAAACUAGUGGCUUCUGAUGGAUACUCUUGUCCAAAUCUAGUUUAUGUAAAAAGAACAAAAUGGUGUUUUAGAUAGAUACUGGAAGCAGAAAGUCCACUGGAUGUAAGGUUCACUUCAUAGAAUUUGGUUAUGAUCACAUUUGUUAUUCUUUCUCUAGAGAAACAUACAUUGCAUCCACUUUGAGUGAAAUCUAUUAGAUCAUCAGAGAACUUCACUCUCCCCUUAAAUUAUAUCACAGAGUACCAGAUUUGAGGUUACAUGGACAGACUAUCUCGUAGAAGCACUAAACAGCAUAUAAAGAAAGAAAUAUUGAUUUGGACAAACAGAAUUCCAUCUGAAAAUGUUGUUAACACUAUGUAAAGGAAACCUUCUAGGGAGAAAGUGUCCGGUUACUCUAAUGAAAGAGGGGGGGGGAAGGGGGAUUCCCCCAAGUAGAAUUCACUAUUAAACAAAAGAAACACAAGAGUUAACCAUUUAGAAGAUAAACCCUUUUGUGCAAAGAGUAACUCAAAUAAAAUGUAACGUUUAAUAUAAUUGUUUAAAAUCUUUCAUUAACAAUGCUUGGUCACGAAUAUAAUUGAUUCUUGAAAAUAGAUAUACAAAAAACCUGAAAUUGACCCAAAAGUCAAUAACAGAAAGAAUUUAGUGGGUAAUAAUGGUCAUAAACCUUAAAUUAAUUAGAUGAGAAAAUAGAUUACCGUAGAAGACUGAAAGAGGUAAAGAUAAAUCACCAUUCCUCCAUCAGUUUCCCACGGUGUACCCACAACGAUGGGAAUGACUCAAAGAGCUGAGAAAACGAAGUUAAAAUACCUAAUACAUCUUUAUUAAGUUAUACUAAAAUGUGAAUUAAUGGUGAAACACAAAAUCAAAUGUGCUGGUGAUACUUAAAAAGGAAAGACUUGAUGCAGCCUAUACGAAAUCUCCUAAUAUAUUCAAAAUCAUAAGUAUGCAGUGGUAAUAAAAAAGUAAUUAGUAAGCUGAUGCAGACAAACUAUGAUAAUCAAAGAAGUUUUCAUUUGAGAAACAUUCUAUCAGGACUUUAAAUGUGAGGUAAAACACACACAGGACAUGGGAACCUAAGUCAUUCUUGAAAAUUGCUUAAAUAGGGUAUAUGUAGUAAUACUCCAAAAGUGUGUUACACACAGUUCAAUCGCCAUGGAGCCAAAGUAUUUCACAUUGUCUUUCGGUAUACGAAUGGGCUCCAUGGGAUGGCUAUCUGGGUUAAGUCAUUUCGUGCAGAAAAAUACUAAACGGACCGGCGUUCAUAUGCUGGAAGGCAGGGAAGGGAGGUCGGCGGUUUCAGCGGUGUUCAGGAGAAAUAGUGUCCGUUUUCAGUUCCAGGAAAUCAUCGACGAACACCGCUGAUCAUUCGUGCGUCCAAGAUGGCCGCCUCCUCAUGGUCGGCAUACGAACGACGACCACCCAGCAUACCGUUGAUAAUUAGGAGGUGUCUGCGGUUAACCACAACAUUCUUAUGAGGCCAAGAGGUUAACCAGCAGCACACGUCCAUGCUGAGUGGCCGGCCAUUCGGCCGUUCAUUCGGUAGUUAGGAAAAUAAACAAACGAGGUGUAUGGACAGGCAACUACCCGAACAAACAGACAAACCAAGCGGAAUAAAAUUAUUUUAAAGACAGAUGGAUCUGUCACACUACCGAAUUGCGUCCUAACAGAAUGUAUGUCAGUAUGUGUCUGUCUGUCUGUGUGUAUGUCUGUAUGUAUGUGUUUGUAUAUAUGUAUGUCAGUAUGUAUGUAUAUUUUUAUGUAUGUAUGUAUGUAUGUAUGUCAGCAUGUGCAUGUAAAUGUAUGUCUGUCUUUCUGUGUGAAAUUCCGAUACGAAUAAAGUCCCGAAUUGCGUCCUAACAUGAAUAGAGAAACUGUUCUCAUUCUGUUAGGACACAAUUUGGUAGUUUCGCUGGCGUUCUGUCUAAAGUGACAGGAUGUUCAGGAAUACUGACAGGAAGCAUUGCGAGAUCUCGGAUCAAAGGUGAGAAUUGUGGGAAAAUUGCUUGGAUCACUGGAAACAAAGCACAGUUUGCUCUACCGCUGGUCAUAGCUGUUCAGGCGUAGGAAACCUCCAUAAGACAAAGUAGUCCCUACAUUGUCUUAUGUUUUAAAGGAAACUAGAGCAGACAGGAAGAAAUGAAGAACAGAUCCUGACAGAGAGAGAGAAGAGGAAUCGAUUAAAGAAAGGUAAGUUCGGCAUGGCAGUGCCGCUUUAACCUCAGCAAAAUCUUGAACAAUUUGGUGUCUUCCAAAUGCAUUGUGUGUGCUAUUCAACUAUUAAAUAAUAGUCAUUGGCUGAUUUAACUUCGCAGGAAAACAAAUCUAAAAUUACAUAGUUGCAAUACCUAUAGAUGACCACAAGAUGCUGCUGUAGCCGAGCAACCAAAACUAUCAGAGUCUUCAACUAAACUUUUUAUUUUGAAGAGCUCAUAAUGAAUUCAAAGUGAUUUUAAAAAUUGUUUCUAGUUUGGCUAUUGUGAUCUAAAAUUUGAAAUACACUUUCAAUUUACUUUGAAUUCUCAACGGUUCACAGAUUAGUGGAUAACCUUCUAGAUCAGGGGUGCCCAGGAGGUAGAUCCUCAGAUGUCGUAAAACUACAAUUCCCUUGAUGCUUUGCAUUUGCCUCUAGAAUGACAAAGCAUCAUGGAAGCUGUAUUUUUAAAAGAUCUGGGGAUCUACCUUUUGGGCACUCCUGUUCUACAUAGUCUGAAAUAGACAUGUAUGUUCUCAGUUAUUUAUUAUUUUUUUUUUUCAUAUUUCCUCAUGUAUAUGGUGAUCUAUAUUUCCAGGGUUAUGCACUAAAGCUGAAGUCAUGACACAAGUAACUUUAUUGAGACUACCUUAAUUGCAUGACAAGUCAAUUUGUCUAUUAUGGCUGGUUUUGAAACUACGUGGAAUUGUUGAUAGAAUUGUCUUGAUGCAUUAAGUCAGUCUUUACUAUGGUUCCUUUCAACUGUUCAUAGUUAAGAAAAUGUGUAAGAAAGGGAAGGAGGGGAUUUUGGCUAAUAUAUAUAUAUAUAUAUAUAUAUAUAUAUAUAUAUAAACAUAUUUAUUAAUUUGUGCUUAAUUAUUUUCAGUUGUGCACUCCAGUCCUUUACAUUUUAGCAACAUUGUUGAGAACUAUAGUGAGGUUGGGUGAAAGUGCAUCUUCUGAAAUGCAUUUUUUCUUAUAUCUAGUAUUUCAUUUUAAAUAAUUAGUUUGGUACAGAUUAGUAUUAGUAAAUAUGCUAAUCUGAAAACAUGCAUCUAUGCAAAUAUUUACUAAUUUGCAUUUUUGUGCACUUUGAAAACUUAUUUGUCAAAGGCAUGAAACUAGUGUUACAUGAUGUAAACCAUACAGCCAGGCAGCCACUAGAGGCGCUUCCUGCUCAUUCAGAGUUGGACUCUAUGAAAUGACACUCGACGUCCUCACACUUUGCAUGAGGACAUCCAGCAUCUUCAAUGUGCAUGGUGCUUGCCCCUAUCAGCUCUGAUGUCGGAAAAAAGUGGCAAUGGAGACAAUGCCAGAGGACCCAGCACUUGAGAGUUAUUUAACCCUUUCAGUGCAGGAGUAGGGGGAGGGAGGGGUCAUGGGUGAGGGGGGCAGAAGAACACUUUUUCCAACUUUGUAUUCCUAAAACUAUAGUGUUCCUUUAAAAGGACACUUCAGACCCCUAAAGCACUUUAGCCUACUGAAAUCCUUUUUCUGUGAAAAGCUUGUUCUUUUUAUUUUCAUUUAACAAAAAACUGCAUAUUACAGCAGAAACUAGCACUUUUAUAAACCAACCUUGUUACACCCCCUGGCUGCCAAUCAGACAUUCAGUCCUAUUGCUUCCUGAUCUUUUUGCUCAGCGGAACUAAACACUAGAGCACUUGCCUUGCAAAUACUUUUCAUUGAGCUGCAUUGGUAAGUCUGUGAUUGGACAACCAGAGAGAUCUGCCACUUUUGCAAGAUGUUUUUAGAUAUACAUCCAAUGGAAAAAAAAAAGCAUAAUGCAUGCAUGUAUUCAUUUGGGGGUAUAUCUACUAAACUGUAAUUGUUAUUAGGAGUACCAUUAAAUUGGGUCAUAGUAACAUCCCCUGUAUAUUGAGCAAAAGCAACAUCCACAGGACAUAUUUGGACACCAGACUAAUCUGAAUGUACCUUUCCUCGAUAAACACAUUGUUAUUAUUAUUUUAUAUUUUGGCAGAUGAUUGUCCUUGCAAUACUUUUAGUUGCAACAUUAAACUUUUAACAAUUUUUAAAAUAUGUCUACAAUUUUCAUUUUCUAGGUGGAACCACAAAGAGUACCAUACAAAGUUCUUCUGCCACCAACCCAACUACAUUCAAAACCAGUGAACUAUCCACAACUACUACUGCACCCAUAAUGACAAACAGUACUGGAGCACCAAAGCCGAGUACAAUUUUUUUCACUUCAAUAUCCACAUCCAGUUUUAAUACAUCUACUAGCAUUGCCCCAAAUUUAGAGAAAGUUAGUAACACCAUGUCUGUAAUCAAUGCAACCUCCAAACAGACAACUACAGUGUCACCAAACAGCCCUAGUAUGGCAACCAGCAGCCUCACUACAAUUGUGACCAAUGCAGCCUUCACCAUAAGGUUGUCAACACUAGAAACCAAUACCACUGUGACAGUUGCGCCUUCCAGCAGCCUCCCUACACCUAUUAUCAAUACAACCUACACAAUCAGGCCAUCUACAGCAGUGACCACCAUCACAGUGGCAGCUUCAUCCUUAAUACCUUCCAAUAUUACCAGCAUCCUCACAACACCUGCAAUCAAUGCAACAUUCAACUUAAUGAACUCGGUUUCUUCUAGUAGUCCCUCUACACCUGUUAUCAAUACAACCUACACCAUCACACCAUCUACAACAGUGACCAACAUCACUCUGGCAGCUUCAUCCUUAAUACCUUCCAAUAUUACCAGCAUCCUCACUACACCUGCAAUCAAUGCAACAUUCAACUCAAUGAACUCUGUUCCUUCUAGUAGUCUCACUACACCUAUUUUCAACACAACCUACACCAUCACACCAUCUACAACAGUGACCAACAUCACUCUGGCAGCUUCAUCCUUAAUACCUUCCAAUAUUACCAGCAUCCUCACUACACCUGCAAUCAAUGCAACAUUCAACUCAAUGAACUCUGUUCCUUCUAGUAGUCUCACUACACCUAUUUUCAACACAACCUACACCAUCACACCAUCUACAACAGUGACCAACAUCACUCUGGCAGCUUCAUCCUUAAUACCUUCCAAUAUUACCAGCAUCCUCACUACACCUGCAAUCAAUGCAACAUUCAACUCAAUGAACUCUGUUCCUUCUAGUAGUCUCACUACACCUAUUAUCAAUACAACCUACACCAUCAGACCAUCUACAGCAGUGACCAAUAUCACUGUGGCAGCUUCAUCCUUAAUACCUUCCAAUAUUACCAGCAUCCUCACUACACCUGCAGUCAAUGCACCAUUCAACUCAAUGAACUCUGUUCCUUCUAGUAGUCUCACUACACCUAUUAUCAAUACAACCUACACCAUCAGACCAUCUACAGCAGUGACCAAUAUCACUGUGGCAGCUUCAUCCUUAAUACCUUCCAAUAUUACCAGCAUCCUCACUACACCUGCAGUCAAUGCACCAUUCAACUCAAUGAACUCUGUUCCUUCUAGUAGUCUCACUACACCUAUUAUCAAUACAACCUACACCAUCAGACCAUCUACAGCAGUGACCAAUAUCACUGUGCCAGCUUCAUCCUUAAUACCUUUCAAUAUUACCAGCAUCCUCACAUUGCCUGUUAUGAAUGAAACCUCCACCAUUAGACCAUUUACAGUGGUGACUAAUAACACCAUAACAGCUGGACCCUUAACUAUCUCAGUUGCCUCAGGCAGCCUUACUAUACCUAUUAUCAAUACAACCUCUGUCAUUGCAACAUUGAAAGAGGUAACCACUAGCAAUGUGACAGCUAUACCUGUAAUACCUUCCAAUACUACCAGUAGCCUCACAACACCUGUUAUCAAACUGUCUACAUUAGUAAUCAAUAGCACUGUGGCAUCAACACCUGUAAUGGUAUCAAACCUUAUGACCAAUGCAUCUUCCACCAUAGGAACAUCUACAGUGGUAACAACUUCUACACCCUCAGUAAUCUUUAAUACCACUAGCAACUUUAUAUUUUCUGUGACCAGUACAACCACUACUGCUCAAGUUAAUCCCAGUGCAUCAAGAUCUGAUAUGAACAUGACCAGUUCUAGUAUGGGGUCAUUUGAUUCAAUAACCACCACUUCAUCAAUGCCUGGGAACAGCUCCACCGUGGUUACUCCACCGUGGUUAAGUCUACCCGCCAACAUCCCAACCACAUCUGCAAUACCGUCUGUCUUACCAAGCACUAUAAGAACGACACCGGUUAUAUCCAACAUAACGACUUCUUGGUCAACAGCAAUUCCCAUUACACCAACUAGUGUUCUAACAUCUGCAGUUACGGUAACCAAUAUAACAUCUGCAGUUACGGUAACCAAUAUAACAUCUGCAAUACCGUCUGUCUUAUCAAGCACUAUAAGAACGACACCCGUUAUAGCCAACAUAACGACUUCUUGGUCAACAGCAAUUCCCAUUACACCAACUACUGUUCUAACAUCUGCAGUUACGGUAAGCAAUAUAACAUCUGCAGUGAUGGUAACCAAUAUAACAUCUGCAAUACCAUCUGUCUUAUCAAGCACUAUAAGAACGACACCGGUUAUAUCCAACAUAACGACUUCUUGGUCAACAGCAAAUCCCAUUACACCGACUAGUGUUCUAACAUCUGCAGUUACGGUAACAAAUAUAACAUCUGCAAUACCGUAUGUCUUACCAAGCACUAUAAGAACAACACCUGCUAUAUCCAGCAUAACAACUUCGUGGUCAACAACAACAAUUCCCACUACACCAAGUAAUGGUCUAACAUCUGCAGUUUCCUUAGGCAUGAGCCCUUUUUCUAUUAAUCCCCCUGGCGUCUCAUUUAGCACUCUAACAACAACAGCUACUUCAUCCUUCCCCAACAUGUUUAAUACCAGCAGAACUACUGCUGCCAUGCAAUCUUUUGGUAUAAAUGGAGCAACAACAAUGGGUUUACAACCCCCCAGUACAGUAAACAAUACUGUAACAUCACCUAUAAUCUCAUUGCCUACUUCAUCGAGUGCAACCUUAAACACUAACCCAUCAAGAAUAAUAUCUACACUAGGUGUUUCAUCUUCCAAUACAUUCAGUCUAACUACAAAAUCAGCUGGGGAUCCAUACUCGUCAAUCAGCAAUUUAUCUACAUCAACCAGUACACUUACCACAGGUAAGCAAUUCUGGUAUACCUGAACAAAAACAUGCACAACAAUACUGUAUUUGCAAAGUCAAUCGUUUAACCAUUGUUAGAUUAACAUUUUGUAUACUAAAAUAGAAUAGAUUAGAAUAAAAUAUAAUAGCAUCUGACAAAUAUGACAAAUAUAUAUAUUUUUUUCAGCUUUAGCACCCACUGGCCCCAAAAUUGCUGCAGAUCAAGGGAUGAUAUUUCAGAACAGCCCCCCGGUUGUCUUACAGGUAUCAUCUACAACAGGAAGUGGUCUGCUAUCUUUGGCUACUAGCAGAUUCAUCAACACAUCACCAACCCCAAUCGGGACUGUCUCACAAAGAGCACAGACAUUGCAGACAUCUCAAAUUACAGAAGGUACUUGUUAUUUAUUUAUUGGCUUAUGAUUGCUCCAAGUCCUCUUUAUUAAUAAAUGCCCAGUCAUUUUGGUAUUAAGGCAUACAAUCUAUAGAAAUUUUGUUGACAAUUAUUUACUCAAGGUUUUCUAUCUCAGGAGAUGUGAGACUUUUAUGGGGUAUAAUUUUGCCAUCCUAUUCUAAUAUGUUGGUUUGAAGAGAGAUGUCUCAUAACACCUGAGAUUGAAACUUCUUUAAGGGGUUUCUUAUUAGUGGUUUGGAUUAACAAAAAAUUAAUUUUGGUUUGGAUGGAUUGUAAGAGGUAACCUGUACUAGAAAUGUUUUUUUGUUAUUUCUUUAAGUAUUAGUGAUGACACAAGCAUUAAUAGCAAAAAGUUACUUUAGAAAACUUUGUCAAGAAACAUUCAAAUAUAUGCUCAGCUUUCUUAAUGAAACUCAUUUAAAUUAAUUCACAAUAAUCAUUUUGAUAGUGUAAUUUUUUUUUAUUAUUGUAACCGGCUUAAAGAGGCAAGGCCAGUCACGACCUUGAUUUGUGCAAAAUAUUAAAACAUAAAAAUAUAUAUAUAUAUAUAAAUAAUAUACCAAUGCAUCAAAAAUACGAAAAUAUUAAACUAUUUUCAAAAUAUUAGCUCCUUUAAAAAGCUUAACCAAAAAUAUUAAAUCAAGGCCGAAAUUGUAUAGGUAUUGUUUGUGCGAUAUAAUUUUUUAAAAUUCUUCGUAGUUUAGUCAAUAUGAAUUUACAUGCAGUGCUGGACAAUGUAUGUAAAUUAGUUAACUCUUGCAAAACAUAAGGCAAUGAUGGAUAACAUUUUGAGGAAGCAUGCAUGUGUACUCAUCUCCCUGAUAGAUUCAGGUAGAACACAUUGUGGGUGCCUGAAGCAUCAUAGGUAGGGGAACAGUGUUACUUCUUAGAAAGUGACAAUUUCAAAUGAGGGGAUGGGGCAUGUUGAAAAGAAGCAGAUUUGUAAAAGGGCAACAAAGAAUAGAGGUGGAGAAAGAGGGGCAUUAGAAAUUAGAGGGGCAUGAAGUGAAGUGUGUUUUUGAAGGUGGGUAUGAAGUAAUGGGAUCAUGAGAGGUCAUGGAGCUGUAAUUGGCAAGGGGAUAUAGACUAAUAUAGAGAUUGGCAAGGGGACAAUGGAUUUGGAGAGGAAGUAGAGUAUUUGAGAACAUGUUAAUGGAGCAUGAAUAUGGAGUUAGUCAGGGAGCAGAAGGUAGUAUCGAUUCGUAGGUGAUAUGGUGUAGGAGUUGGAACAGUAGUCAAUAUCAAGUCAGAGUAGUGCAGAGAGUUGAAUUGCCUUGAUGCAAACUGGUCAUCACUGGAUAAUCACAAAUGCCUUAAUAAACUGUUUGCAGGUUACAUUUUGUUUGUUAUUUGUGGACUACAUUUCCUGUCAUGCUAACCCUGAAUGUUGCUACUUACCUUUCAUUCUUAGAAGGUCAUUAUAAUGAGUACAAACUAGUUGGGUAAUAAUAACAGCUACACCUCUAAGAGAAAAAUUCUCAAUGUAUUCAGAUUUCUUCUGUAAGGUACUUUUAUCUCUUUUACUUGUUACUUUGUUUACUCAUUCUUUUACUGAUUGUGCAUGUAUCUAUAGAUUUGAAUUGAAUACUGUAGUAAAUAGUAACACCAGACUUCCAGAAACAAAUGUUAAAGCAAAAUUGUGUUUUAGCUCCUACGGGAUCUUCUGCAGUUAAUACAACCACGGAGAGAGCUACACAGAGUCCAAGCAUCAAUUUGCCUACCAGAAGCAACACAUUUUCCAAUAAUUUCCUUUCAACAACAUCAGGUACUAGCAAGAUGAGAGACAUCUCAGCACUGAUAUGUCAUGGUUCUCAGGAAUUCAGGAACACGCUAAUAUUAAAAAUAGAUAUAUUUCAUUUAUAAUGUUAGAAUGUCCAUGGAUUACUGUUUCCCCAUUUGUAACAAAAAAAGAUUAAAUAAGUCAUAAAAGUUACUUGUAACCCAGCAUUAAGACAGUCUCCUUGUUGCAGCCCGUCCCAACCACAGUGAGAUCAUCAAUCAUGAUAAUCUUAAUCUAGUCUACUGCUCCUCUGAUUCAAUUGUUCUUGUAGAGAAGCACUGUUCUUAAUGCUUCCUUAUGACAAGAAUUAGAGGAGUGAUUUCAACCAAAUGUUAAACGUACAUCCCAUACACUGAAAGCACCUUAGCUUGCUGAAGUGCUUUAUGUGGGAAAGAGUGUCUUGUUUUCCAAAAAGAACAAGUUUAGAAAUUGGCACUUUUGUAAGUUAACCAUCUUGCAUUCCAUGGCUGUCAAUCAGUCAACAGGUUUUGUUAUUUCCUGUUUUGAUUAGCCUUGCAAAGCCUUUUCAUUGAGCUACAUUGGGAAGUCUGUGAUUGGAGAGCUGCAGAAAGUCUGGGCAGGGUUAGAAGGGGAGGGCUUGCAAAGACUGCAAACCAAAGAAAAAAAUGCAAAAUUGAAUGCAUGCAUGUUUUCAUUAGGAUAUACCUACUUCUUGUGUUUGGGUAGUGGAGUGUCCCUUUAACAUUGCUGUUUCUCAUAAAUGUUUUGCAUUUUAAGAGAUGGACAACAUUAAGAUGUAGUGGUUUUGGUUCUUAGAAUGUCCCUUUAACUGUGGAACUUUCUUGUUAAUGGUUACAUCAAAGGACCAUAACCUAGCCAGGGGUAGGCAACCUUUGGCACUCCAUAUGUUGUGGACUGCAGCUCCCAUAAUGCUCUAACAGGCAUAAGGCAACCAGUUGUUGUUUAUUCAUUCGUCCAGACUCUGAUAAAACCACUUUUUGAGGCAGAGAAUUCCACAUCCUUAUUGUUCAUUGCCUUAGACUAAAUUUCCUUUCUUCCAGUCAAAACGCAGGACCUUGUGCCCUAUGUAUAGUCCUGUUUUUGAAUAGAUUUCCAGACAAUGGCUUGUAUGUUCCCCAGAUAAAUUUGUAAAAUGCUAUCUUAUCCCCUCUGAGGUUUUUCUAAACUAAAGAGGCUUAAAUUUGUUAACCUUCUUCUUCUUCAUAACUAAACUGUACAAUUCCUGUUAUUAAUUUUGUAGUCCGUCUCUGCACUUUUUGCAUAUGUAUAUACACAGUAGUGGGAUUCAACAAUUUUAGUAACCAGUUCAGACUUUUCAUAUGUUUCCAACUCCAAAAGGUCGGCCCAAGACAUUGUGCUGCCUGGGACCAAAGUAGGAACGUGACAGACAGUGUGUGUGGGAUGGUGACAGUGUGAGGGAGACAGUGUGUGGGAUAGAUCAUUUGUGUGGACGGUGACAGUGUGUGUGGGUGAUAGUGUGUGUGGGAGGGCGACAGUAUGUGUGGGAGGGCGACAGUGUGGGAAAGGUGACAAUAUGAAAGGUGGUGAGUGUGGGGUGAUGGUGACAGUGUUGGAGGUGGAGGUGAUGGUAGCAUGAGGGGAUGGUGACAGUGGGGAGGUGGUAGUGUGUGUGAAUGGUGGCAGUGUGGGGGAUGGUGACAGUGUCGGAAGUUAUAAUGUGAGUGGAUGGUGACAGUGUGUGUGGGAGGGUGACAGUGAGUAAAUGGUGACAGUGUGUGGGAGGGUGAUAGUGUGUGGGUGAUAGUGUGGGGGUUGGUGACAGUGUGUGUGUGGGAGGGUGACAGUGUGGGGAUGGGGAUGUUGUGGAGUGUGGGCAGUUUAGGAGGUGGUGACAGUGGGGCAGAUGGAGACAGUAGGACGGAUGGUGACAGUGGGGCUGAUGGUGACAGUGUGGGAGGGUGACAGUGUAGGAGGUGGUGAUAGUGGGGGAAUGGUGACAGUGGCACUGGUGGUGAGAGUGUGGGAGGUGGUGACAGUGUAAGAAGUGGUGACAGUGGGGGGGGGGGUGGUGACAGUGUGGGGAGUGGUGACAGUCUUUAAUUAAUUUUAAUUUAAAUCUUUGAAAACGUACUUUUUUAGGAAAGCAUAUAAAUUGAACUGUAAACAGCUUUCCCUCAGCCUGAUUCCUCUCCUGAAACGGUCAUCAAAACAAAACACUAAGCCCUCAAUGAAUACUAUCCUAGCAACCUACCUUUCUAACCUACCCUAACCUUUUGUGUCAGUUUACCCCACUCCCUCUAGCAUGUAAGCUCAUUGAGCAGGGCCCUCAACCCCUCUACUCCUGUGUGUCCAACUUGUCUGGUUACAAAUACUUGUCUUUUAAUCCACCCAUUGUACAAUGCUACGGAACUUGUUGGCGCUUUAUAAAUAAUAAUAAUAGUAAUUGAAGAAAUUCCAAAAUGAAAAUUAUUUUUUUAAAGUGCCAAAAACAUUCUAAAUACAUCUAGAAUGCAAAACAUGGCUGCUUGUGUUACUGAAAGUAGAUUCAAAUUAAACAAGAUCUUGCCAGUCAUCAGUUGUUAAAGAUACUUUCAUCAUAAAGGAAUAAUUUGACAAUAUCUUUGUAUAGAACUGAACUCAACUGGUCUAACCAGCCAGAUUUCUAAAACAAACAAGACAGAGUUGGCAAUGAACAACACUAUUGGAGGAAACAAGAAGAAGCUUAAGAAACUGUUUGGUAUAUUUUGGUCACUUAUCUUUCCUGGUCUUGAAAAAGAAACUGAUAUAUUUGGACCAAUGGAACUGUACAAUAACAGCCAAACAACGCACACUGGUAAGUUUUCUUAAAAUAAACUAGUGAAAACCCCCUUGACUCCCUAAAUUCCUAAUCAGCUGACAACAGGACAAAUUGGUGUCUUUAGAAAUAUUUACUCACUCCUUUAACUUUGAAUAUUUCAUAUCACAAUGUAUAGUAAAGCAUUGUGUGGCAAAGAAACAAUAUAUAUAUAUAUUUAAAGAGGAAAUGUAAUUUCUUUGAUAUUUAUACCAUUGAAUGAAACACUAAAAAUUGAGAACAUUUUUCAUGAGAUACUCUUUUUUCUUUUACAUUUAAAUUAAAGAUUUAGCAAAUUACAUCAAAAUCCAGUUCAGAGAAGGGCAAACAUUACUAAUGAAGACAGAGAGAUGAGAUAGAGGGUACAAGCUGUAGGAUAAAGAGGUGUGUGCCUCUAUAUUUAAUUUUAUUUUUCACACCUCCCUAAUAUAUUUGUUAAAAAAAGAGAUAGUUAAAGGAUCACUAUAGGGUCAGGAACACAAACAUGUAUUCCUGACCCUAUAGUGUUAACACUACCAUCUAGCCCCCAGGGCCCCUCAUGCCUCCAUAAAUAUAAAAAUCUUACUUUAUUCAAGCCUGAAGCUGUAAAUCUGCAUGCUGUUAGACUCAGAAAAACAAGCAGUCUGCUGACAUGAGGUAGCCUGAUCCAAUUACAGUGCUUCCCCAUAGGAUUGGCUGAGACUGGCAAAGAGGCAGAUCAGGGGCAGAGCCAGCAUGAUUCAAACACAGCUCUGGCCAAUCAGCAUCUCCUCAUAGGGAUGAAUUGAAUGAAUGAAUCUCUAUGAGGAAAGUUCAGUGUCUGCAUGCAGAGGGAGGAGAUACUGAAUCACAGGAUGCUGUGCACAAUGCUGCCCUGUGCUCUGCUGACAGCAGAUCUAAGUGGAUGGAGGCAUAUUAUGCCUCCAUCAACUCCGAAGUCCCUCUGGUUCACUCUGAGUGACUGCAACUGGAGGUGUUCCUAGCUUUCAAUGUAAACACUGUAUUUUCUCAGAAAAUACAGUGUUUACAUAAGAAAGGCUGUAGGGAACUAUAGUUCUCACCUGAACAACCACAUUAAGCUGAAGUAGUUCAGGUGACUAUAGUGUCCCUUUAAUAUAUUUUUAUAUUAUGUUUUUAUAUUACAAGGAUUAAAGCAUGCAGAGAAUGGAGAGGGCAAACAUAUGAUGCUCUGGCCACUUGGAGGAUAUAGGGUGUUUGGGGGGCUAACAUACAUACAUAAUGGACAUCCGAGGGCUAGAGACACCCAUGGGAGUUAACUGACAAACGUAUGAGUUAUAAAGAAACACGUUAAGACAUGAGUUAUCUUAUCUUAAGACAUCUUAACAUGAGUUAAGAGACAGAAAAAUGGGUAUUGGGGUUAAAGAAACACACAAGGGGUAGGAUACACACAAGUGAAUGAAGGGGUUUUAAAGCAACACUGUAAAUUUUGCAUUUCCUGAUGGGCUGACAAUAUAUACUUCCAUGCCAGAUUUCAAUUAACAUAACCUAAUAUACAGUGCAUUCAGAAAGUAUUCUUUCUUUCUUAAUUUCUUUCACAUUUUUUAUGUAGCAGCCGUAUGCUAUAAUUUUUUAAACAACACUCUAUACUCAAUACCAUGUAAUGAGAAAGCAAAAUAAAAAAACAUACAUAUUUUUGACACCGCCACAAAUAUAUUAAAUAGAAAAAAAUUAAAUAUCAAAUUCAUGUAAGAAUUCAGGCCCUUAAAUCAGUACUUAGUUAAAGCACUUUUGGCAGCAAUUACUGACUCUCAAGUCUUAUUGGGUGUGAUGCAACAAGCUUUGCAUCCCUGGAUUUGGGUGUUCCUGUCAUUCAUUUUUGAAGAUCCUCUCAAAUUCUGUCAGAUUGGAUGGGUACCGUCGGUGGUCAGCCAUUUUCAGAUCUCUUCUGAGAUGUUUGAAGUUUGACUCUGGUUGGGUCACUCAAGAACAUUCACAGAUAUGUCCCAAGCCAUAGGUUUUGGCUGUGUACUUAGUGCCAUUGUACUGUUCGCAGGUAAACCUUUGGCACAGUAGGAGAUUAUAAGUGCUCUAGACAAGGUUUUCAUUAAGGAUCGCUCUGUAUUUUGAUUUGUUCAGGUUUCCCCCAACCCUGAUCAGUCCCUAAUGGUGAAAUACACUCCCAACGCAUGAAGCUACCACUUCACCGAUGGCAUUGUAUUGCGUAGGUGAUGAGUGGUGCCUGGAUUCCUCCAGAUAUGAUGCUUUGAAUUUAUGCCAACAGUUCGGUCUUCAUUUCAUAAGAUAAGAUAAUUUUGUUUUUCACAGUCUGAGAGUCCUUUAGGUGAUUAUUUUACAUAUUGCAAGCUGGUUUUCAUGUAUCUUUCAGUGAGGAGAGGCUUCCGUCUGGCCAGUCUUCCUAUAAAGGUCUGAUCAGUGAAGUGUUGCAAUGAUGGUUGCUCUUCUGUAAAUUUCUCCCAUCUCCACACAUAAUCUCUGGAACUCACCCAGAUUGACCAUUUAAUUCUUGGUCACCUCUCUUGCCAAGAUCCUUUCCCCCUGAUUGCUUAGCUUCACUGGGCGACCAGCUCUAGAAAGAAUGCUGGUUGUUUCAAAUUUCUUCCAUUUAAGAAUUAUGGCGGCUAGUGGGCUCUUUUGAAUGUUCAAUACAGCUAGAAUAUUGUUGUAGCCUUAGCACAAUCCUGUCAAUCCUGUCUGAAAUGCAGGCAGUUCCUUUGACCUCAUAUCUUGGUUUUUGCUGUGAUAUACAUUUCCAGCUUUGAGGCUGUAUAUAUUCAGGUGUGUGCCUUUCCAAUGUCCAAUCAUUUCAAUUUGUCACAGGUGGAAUCCAAUCACACUGUAGAAACAUCUCAAAGAUGGUCCAGAGAAAUGAGAUACAUUUGAACUAUGUUCUUAAGUGUAAUAGCAAAGGAUCUGAACAGUUAUGUCAAUGAUAAUUCAGAUUUUUCUUUUUAAUACAUUUGCAGUUUUCAGAAACCUGCUUUCUUUUGCUUUGUCAUUACAUGUGUUAUUGGGUGUAGGUUGAUGUGAAAAAAAGCAAUUUAAACAGUUGUAGCAUAAGUCUGCAACAUAAAAAGGUGCACAAAAUGAAGGGGUCCAAAUACUUUCUGAAUGCAUCUUAUAUGUUUAAAAAAAAAAAAUGACAUUAUUUUUUCAUUUUUUUUAACAAAGUGAACUCUUUUUAGUAUUAUAGUAUUUAAGUAUUAUAGUAUUAAACUGGUUAACUACUUACUCUUUGAACUAUCUUGAUGCUACACUAUAUAUUACGUUUAUAUAUUUAUUUAAGUUCAGUUUAAACUGAAACACUACUAUCAAUGUUUUCAUUAUUUUUUUUUCAGUUCCACCCAUGGGAAAUGAAACUGAAUUUAACAAUACAUCAAAGGAACCUCAGAAAGGAGGUAUAAAGAAUUCUCACCAAGCACCACCCUUGUUCACCUUGCAGCUUACACAGCAUAUUACAGUUCAUAUUUCAUACUCUUUUGAUAUUAUUUCCUGUCAAACAAACAUUUUUUUGAAUUAGAAAAUAUAAUAAGAAUUUGAAAUUCCAAUUAAUUCAACCAAACUUUAUUUGCAACUGUCAACAUCAUUUGUUACUAUUCUAAAACAAGCAUACCUAAUAACCUGCACCCACCAUUAUCAGCCAAUCAUUCUUGUCCAGGCUGGAUAGAAUUGCCUGUGACAAUGCAGAAAUGCUAAUUCCAAAUGUUCAAUGUGACUGAGAUUGUGGCAGUCCCUGGGCUGUUUAUUGCAAACCAUUCCUAGAUAAUAUUUUUACAUAUUAUUUGAAUAUCAUAUGUAGGAAAUUGUUAACAUAACUCUAAAUUCUGAAGAGUUGCCACUUCCAACUAAGCCAAGCUGGUCAUUUGUCUUAAAGGGUAUCUGUAUCAGCCUACAUUUUCAAAAGUUGUUUUUCAUCUCACCACAACUCCCAUUUUCUUAACACAAAAAUUCUAAUUUUUAAUUCAUGGUUUCAGGUCCUAGGAAGUCACUUCAGAUUCUUAAUGUGAACUUCUUCAGAAUCACCAUAGAGGAUGAUAAGCCAGAAACUUACAAUCUCCUUCAGAAAGUAAGAAUACCUUUGGAUCUGUGAUAAAAUGAUCUGUAUUAAAUGGUUCAUAAAGUCUUAGCACAAAUACAGCCCUUAAGAAUUUAUCCAUAAAUUAUUUUCAACCAUGAAUUUAAAUAUAUGAAUUUAAUUAGGAUUUUUAGAUUGUGGUUACUUUACUUCAAAAGUCUGAGUUUUUUGCUAAAAACAUACAAACAAACAAAAAAAGAUUUUUGUGUAAUUAUCUUGAAGACAUAUUUAAAGGGAAAUUAUAGGCACCUAAACCACUUCAUCUCAUUGACGUGUUGUGGGUGCACUGCCCUGUCCCCUUAAACCUGCAAUCUAAUACAUUGCAGUUUUAGAGAAACUUCAAUGUUUAGAUGGCAGAGUUCAGCCUGCCUCUAGUGUAUGUAAGUAACAGUAUUGUAACUCCCUAUAACUGCCGAUUUAUUUUCAUUAUGGUUUUUUUUUAAACUUGAAUUUUUAUGACAAAGGUUAAUAACAUUGUGUAAACAAUAAGCAAUGUAAGUCCUUCAUCCCAGAGGGAGUAUAUGUGUAAGGUUGCAUAAAUAAUGGAAGGAUGUGGGAUGGAAAAGAUGGUAGAAGAAGAAGAAUAGGGGACAUAACAAAUGAGAACAGAAAAGAAAAAGAGAGUGAUUAGGCUAUGUUAUUCAAGGCAAGAGCUGUAAGUCAUGGAAACAAUCUUGCUGUAAGAAGAGUUAGGAACCUCACGAUAUGCCAUGGUUACUUGCUAUACUCUCAAGAGUUCAAAUUAAUCCAGUGAUAGUGUCCAGUACACACUUCCAUGAAUUGUCCUAAGAUGUCACAUACUGUAAAUAGUAUCAGUGUGAGCCUGAAACCAUGGGGAGAUUUCCAUUUUUGGGUUAGGCAGAUAGGUACUACAGCAUAAAUUCAAAUUCAAUAUGUUAGCAUAUUUUGACAGAUCUUCUGGUUGGUAGGGACAGCUGAAUAUGACUGUUCAAGAAUAGGGCUAGAGCCUCAUCAGCAGGCAUCUGCUCAACACUCCAAAAGCUCCCUCCCAAACAAGUCUUAUCUGGGUGCUUGACCACCAAGAGUAAAGGCAUGUUCUGUCUUCACCACACCUCUAAACCUUUUAGUGAUGACAUCUAGAACAUUUGUUCAUUAGACAAAUGUCAUGCCAAGAAGUGAUUUGCUUAAACUAUCACUGUUAACAAUGACAUCCCCUUAUGUCUCUGUUCCAUUUGCCCUUAAUUCUUGGGUCCGGACCUAAAACUGUCACACUUUAUCAGUGAGUUAAACAGAAGUACAGUGGAUACCAACAAAUACCGUGAAGAUUCUAGGGUAUGUAAAGGGAGGAUUGUUAGAAAUUCAAAAUGAAUCCAGUUUGCUUAUUGUUGCAUUCAAUUUUAAAUUUAAAGUUAAUUUCUUUGAAUUCCCAACAGCUAUUGCUUUAGUUUAACAGACCUAAGAGGAUCCUCAUCCAAUUUUAUGUAAACAGGCCAGUGAUAACAUGAAUGUAGGUAAUGAUAACUCAGUUCGGAUUUUUAGAAGUACAUUAGAUUAUUUAUUUAAUGUUCAUGUUUUUUAUUUCUAUUUAUUAUUUCAGAUUCAACAGUUGAUUCAAAAGGAUGACAAUGAAUAAACAAUAUGCAAAACUAGAAAGAUGCCGUGUAGUAGAAGGACUUUGUAAACGACAGACUAUUUUAGUUAAAUGUACACAAUGUUUGAACUGCUAAAUAGCAUAAUAUUCAGAAUGGUCUUAUUUUUUCAUUACAUUUGGUGAAGUAAAGGGAUUCACUUUCUAAUUCUCUAGCAAAUCUUUACAUUUAUAUUUUAGACUAAUACACGUGCAUACAAUCUUGUUUUUAACACUUGGCAUGUAUUUCUGAAUUUAGUUGUAAGAUUAAUUUAGUUUAGAAGUUAUGUGCAGACUUUUGUUUAAAUGGGUUUGCCUUAUGUAGUAAAGUAAAAUAAAUCUUAGUGUGCUUUUGAUGCAUUAUAAAUGAUUUGUCUAAACAUUAUUUAUGCCUAAAAAUGGAAAAGACCAGAAGACAGUAGUGUUAACGAGAAGUUUGUCUACUCUUCACAAUACAACUUAUUUUUAUAUGUUAAAGGUUUGAGUUUGUUUCUAUUGGCAGAUAUGACCAAAUACCGGUAUAUGUUCUGAGUUUUUGGGAAGUCCUGG